CACCCACAGCUGGGGUCUGGUGGGGCAGGAGGGAUUAACCAAGUGGAGAAGGGCAGUCCCUAUUUGCAAAGGUCUUUCAGCUCCCCAUUAGAGAUCAGAAGAACACAACUGGCAGCCAGGAGCACCCCAGGCCUGGCUCUCUGGGAUUGCAGGAACCUCCAGGAACGGCUUUGAAAGUUUCCCAUUACGCAAAGUUAAAUUAGCCUGGCAAAUGAGGAGAGGGCAGGACAGUCUGCCCUCUGCUCCAUGCACCCUCUGCAUGCUCCUGGGCAUCCUCACCAUGCUCUGGUGGUGGUUCAUGAGGGGAUGGCAGAGAGACCAGAGCAGUUGUCAGCCCUGGCCAUGGCAGCUCUGCAGGACUGUCACAGAGAGUGUGGGAUCAUGGAGCAAGGGCUGUGGGUCAGUCAGAGCUGCUGUCAGUCAGAUCAAGGGCUGUGGGUCAGUCAGGGCUGCUGUGCUGCACAGCUGGAGGAGCCAGGGCUGCAGGAUCCCCCUGAGUGAGGGGAUGGUGCUGGGCUUGGAGCACUGCUCUCCACGUGCCCUCCAAACCUGUUUUCCUCUUUUACGUAAGCUGUUCCAAACAUGUUUGUUACAACCCCCUGGUGAUGUACCUUUGGAAAGAGUGGUUUUGGGUCCAAAGAUCAGCGCUGGGACAGUGACCUGCCUGCUGCAAACAGGACCCUGCAGAGUAUAAAACCCCAGUGGCACAGUGGAGCAGGGGACAGCCGGAGGCACGCUGAGGGCAGCGGGGCAGGAUGGAGGCCCACAUGAACCUCCUGCAUGAUGUGGGCAUCCAGACCACACACUGGCUGCAGCAGCGCUUCCAGGGCUCCCAGGACUGGUUCCUCUUCAUCUCCUAUGCUGCUGAUCUCAGGAAUGCUUUUUUUGUCCUCUUCCCCAUCUGGUUCCACUUCAGUGAGGCCGUGGGCAUCAGGCUCAUCUGGGUGGCUGUCAUUGGAGACUGGCUCAACCUCGUCUUCAAGUGGAUCCUUUUUGGGGAGAGGCCAUACUGGUGGGUCCUUGACACAGACUAUUAUGGCAACAGCUCUGCACCAGAGAUCCAGCAGUUCCCUCUCACCUGCGAGACUGGCCCUGGGAGCCCAUCUGGCCAUGCCAUGGGUGCAGCAGGCGUGUACUACGUGAUGGUGACAGCCCUCCUCUCUGCUGCUGGGGGAGAGAAGCAGUCAAGGACACUGGGAUACUGGGUGCUGUGGACGGUGCUUUGGGUUGGCUUCUGGGCAGUUCAGGUCUGUGUCUGCAUGUCCCGAGUCUUCAUCGCCGCUCACUUCCCGCACCAGGUGAUUGCAGGGGUGUUCUCAGGGAUGGCUGUGGCCAAGACCUUCCAGCACGUCCGCUGCAUCUACCACGCCAGCUUCCAUCGGUACCUGCUCAUCACCAUCUUCCUCUUCAGCUUCACCCUGGGUUUCUACCUGCUGCUGUGGACGUUCGGCGUGGACCUGCUCUGGACGCUGGAGAAGGCCCAGAAGUGGUGCAGCAACCCUGAGUGGGUGCACAUUGACACCACUCCCUUUGCCAGCCUCCUCCGUAACCUGGGCAUCCUCUUCGGGCUGGGGCUGGCCCUCAACUCCCCCCUGUACCAGGAGAGCUCCCGGUUAACGCAGGGCCAGCAGCCGCCCUUCUUCCGCCUGGGCUGCGCCGCUGCCUCCCUCCUCAUCCUCCACGUCUUUGAUGCCUUCAAGCCUCCCUCCCACGUGCAGCUGCUCUUCUACGCCCUGUCCUUCUGCAAGAGCGCGGCCGUGCCGCUGGCCACCGUGGGCCUCAUCCCCUACUGCCUGGCCCAGCUGCUGCCCACACAGCACAAAAAGGCGGCCUAAGGCACGCCAGGGUGGCUCAGGGGCAGCUGCCAGGCCCUGGGGACACCUCAGCCACCGGGUUGCACUGGGAGCUGACAAUGGAGGCUGGGCCGGCGGUGCUGCUGGGUGGCUCCCACAGCACGGACCCACAGUGCCAGUCCUGCUGGGCUGGGCUGGCUGGUGGCACAGAGAGAGAGCCCUGCGUGCCCACGACUGCCCUGCUGUCCCUCCUGCACCCACGGGUGGGGGAAACCUGCCCAGGAGCCAGCAGCAGCAGCAGUGAGAAGUCCUGCACUCCUUUGCAGCUCGUGGGGACAGCCCACCUUGUGCUGCAGGGCUGGGGACAGCACCACUGGCAUCAGCGCUGUCACCUCAGCGUGCUGAAGAGGCAGCUCUGUGACAGGAAGGACAGACUGACAUGGAGAUCGAGUGCCAGUGUGGGUGAGGGACCCCCAGCCCUGGGAGGACGUUUGGUGCUCACCCCUGUGGACAGUGUGGGGGGCACACAGGGACUGCGUGGAGCUGGGCACACAGCACAGGGGGUGGCUGGGGCUGGGCACAGGAGGUGUUUUAUUAAAGAUGAAGGUUGUUUAGCUGCA